AUGUUUUCAGAAGGGGAAGAUAAUGAACUGGAAUCUCAAAUUUCAAAAUUAUCAUUGGUUGAAAGUCCGACAAUUUCUGGUGAAUCUCGAGAAGUUUCAGAAGUUUCAGAAGUACAACAGCAUAAAACUCUAACAAUUUCAAGUGAAUCUCGAGAAAUUUCAGAAUUAUAUGAAAUCCCUUCAACAACUUCUAAUGAAUCUAAACUGUUUUUAUAA